UGAGCUGCAUUGAAGCCCGAUGGCGGCAUCUCUCAAUGCAGCUAGUCCCGGGUCCGACGUGGUUGAUUGGUCCGUGCGUUCCUCGCAUCUCGAUUUCGGUCCGCAGACUAGGUAGCUACAUACCCCGUGCAUGAGCAUGAAAAGAAAGCUGGAGCGAUGGCGGCCGAAAGGACCGAUGGAAUGGUUCCCGUGACCAUAACUGCGAGCGAUCUAGGAUUGGAUGCCCAACAGGAGAUCAUUGAUGUGCUUGACCUCCCGCAAAUUCACACCAAGCCAUCCUCGAAGUCCCUACUGUCCGUGUUGAACGAUUUGUCAAGCGAGCCACCUUCCUGGGAGGCGACACCUCGCAGCGGUACCCCUCGCACGCCCCUUAGCGGUGCUUCCACGCCACUUCGCAGAAGUCGAAAGGUCAAUCCCGAGGGCGUGCCGGGUUACCUGACGAAGAUCAUUUCAAGUCGUCUCGCAUGGAUCGAGGAUGACGACACAAAGGAGCGCAUUUGGGAGGCCGCUUCUCAGCGGCUGACAGAGCGCGCGGGCAGAUCUGCCAUGGGAGACAUGCAACGCGGCUUUUUCAUUCCAAUGUCGCCGGACAAUGUUGAUGAGGGCGUCGACAUCGUACUGCAUGAGCCCUCCCUGACAGAAGACAAUUUGGGAUUGAAGACAUGGGCCUCUUCUUAUUUGCUGGCCAAACGAAUGGCGAUUCUACGAGAUACGCUUCCCUCUUUGUCGGAUACUGUACCCAUGUUGGAGCUUGGCGCUGGCACUGGACUCGUCGGUCUGGCUACUGCUGUUAUCUUGCAGAGACACGUUGUGCUCACGGACUUGCCUGAGAUAGUUCCUAACCUGCAGCGCAACGCUACUGCGAAUACUGCUGUACUCGACAUGCACGGCGCGAGUGUAGAUGCUGCUGUAUUGGACUGGACAGAUCCCGGAGCAUUCCACUUGAACGACACGCUGAAUGGCGAUCAGCAUCUGUUCCCGCUCAUCCUCGCCGCAGACCCGAUUUACAGUUCAGACCACCCUCGGUGGCUGGUCCAAGCAAUUGACCACCAUCUCAGUCGUGGCGAGAGCGCAAGAGUGGUGAUAGAGAUGCCUCUUCGAGACACCUACUCACCCGAAAGGCAAGAUUUUCGAGAUAGAAUGCAAGAUCUGGGCUUGACUAUCGCAGAGGAAGGGGAAGAGGUUGGCUUCGACGACUGGUCAACAGGAAAUGGCGAGGAGUUGUCCGAAGUGCGGUGCUGGUGGAGUGUUUGGCGCUGGCGAUGA